AUGCGACGCUGCGGCACCCUAACCGGCACUGGCUGCCUCUGCUCAUCUUCUCUUCCGUGCACUCAGUCGACGCGGCUGCACCCUUCUGGGUUGCUCCACAGGUCGGCAAAGUCUGGGGCGCGGGUGGGACGCAUCCACACGCCCCACGGCAUCAUCGACACCCCUGGAUUUGUGGCGGUGGGCACCAACGCGGCGCUCAAAGCGGUGGAUGGACCCUGGGCAGAUGCAGGCACGCACCGGGAGGGCCAGCAGCUCAUGUUCUGCAACACCUACCAUUUACUUCUGCACCCGGGGGCCGACGUGGUGGAGGCGGCCGGCGGCCUGCACGCCUUCAUGAACCGCCAGCUGCCGCUCAUCACCGACAGCGGCGGCUUCCAGGCAAGCCGCGCCUGCCAGCCUGUCUUCUCGCUGGCUUAUGGCACGGUGCACGAGGAGGUGAACAGCCUGAAGCGGGGCAGCGGCAAGAGCCGGCACAAGCAGGAGCACAACCUGGUGGCCCGUGUGUCGGAGGAGGGGGUCACCUUUCGAAGCUAUCGCGACGGCGCCAGGAUGCUGCUGACCCCUGAGAGCAGCGUGCUGGCCCAGAAGCAGCUGGGAGCUGACAUCAUCGUGCCGCUGGAUGAGCUGCCGCCAUACCACACAGAGCCGCAGGUGCUGGCUGCCAGCCUGGCGAGGUCGCACCGCUGGAUGGCACGCAGCUUGAAAACGCACCUGGCCGACGUGCGGCAGCAGGCAAUGUAUGCAGUGGUGCAUGGCGGCCUGUCGCUGGAGCUGCGCCAGCAGAGCAUAGACUACCUCACCUCCCUUCCCUUUGACGGGUUUGCAGUGGGGGGCAGCCUGGGGAAGGACAGGGGCGACCUGUUUUGGCUGCUGGAGCGGAUCAUGCCUCGCCUGCACGAGCGCGGCACCGGCACCAAACCCGUGCACAUCCUGGGCAUCGCAGACCCGGCCAGCAUCCCGCAGCUGGUGACGUAUGGUUGCGAUACGUUUGAUAGUUGUUACCCAACUCGGGUGGGGCGCCACGGCACAAUGCUCACCAAGGACGGCCCGCUGCGGGUGAUCAGCGGCCUGUACAAGACCGCCUUCCGGCCGCCGGUCGAGGGCUGCACCUGCCACACGUGCCGCACGCACAGCCUGGCAUAUCUGCACCACUUGGUCAAGGCCAAGGAGCCGCUUGCUGCCAGCUUGCUGACCAUCCACAACGUGCACCACAUGAAUGCCAUGAUGGCCGGGCUGCGGCGGCAGAUCUUGGCUGACGAAAUCUGA